AUGGGUUCUAUAGCUUCGGAACAAUUUUGCCGACUAAGGACAUAUUUGAUAUUUCUCAACCCCAAAAUUGUCACUUGCAAGUUUUUACUCGCAAAUCAUUUAUGCGCAAAAAUGUUAACUAACUCGUUUAUCCCUGUUGGUUUCAAAAAUCUGGUUUUUGUAGAAGAAGUGCUCUUGGAGAAUGUAGAACUCAUUCCUGAAGCCUUUGAUUAUCUUCAGUUGCCAUUUGCUAUAAAGCGAGGUAGGGUAGGGAAGCUAAGCAUCAAAAUUUCGUGGAAAAAGCUAGGUUGGGAUCACCCCAUCAUUAUUGCUUUAGAAGAUGUUUUCAUAUGUGCUUCCCAGCGGGAUGACCAUGAGUGGAGUGUGGAGGCUGUUGAAAGAAGAGAAUUUGCUGGCAAAAAGGCUAAGCUUGCUGCAGCAGAACUUGCAAAACUGUCAAGACUAGUAUGUGAUAAUCAAACUGGGAAGUAUCUCAUACAUUACAGAGAAGGUCACAUUAUUGCUGUCACUGUUCUUGACAGUAUACAGUUGUCAAUUAGAAAUUUCCACAUCCAGUACAGUGAAAUUCGACUUGACUCGUCACAGGUUCUCUUUGGUUUGAAAUUUUCCAGCUUAGCGAUAAAGCAAAAUUUGGCUGGGAACAUUAAUCUGGAGAGUGAAGAAGGCAGGAGAAACAUGGCAAAAGCAGAAAUAUGGGAGACAGUGUGCAACAUGGAAUAUACAAAAGACCACAUCUAUACCGGUUUGCCCAAUGAUUUGCCAAAUCAAACACCAAACCGCCAACAUCAGUCUAGAAAGCUCCGAAGCUUGAAUUGA